AUGGCAAGCUGCUCGGAGCCCAACUCCGUGAUGACGAUUCGCGCGAUGCGCCUAAAUGGUGAGAUGCUGGAGCUGAAGCUAUCAGACAGCGAUCUCGCGGAUCUGCGGACGGUGAGAGACCUGAAGAAACGUCUAGCUGCGGCUGACCCCAGCAGCCCGUGCGUCAGACUGGUCCGUCUCGUCGGCCCAAAUGGAGACCUGCAGGAUGACGAGCUGCUUUCCAUGGCGGACCUUGCAGAAGGUUGUGAGCUGCAGUACAUUUUGACAUCCUGGAUGUCGUUGCCAGAGAUUCAAGAAGUUCUUGGCGACCUGGUGGUUCCGGAAGGUGUGUGGCCAAAUGCCGACGAGCGGCACCAGCCCUGGACACUUCUGGCAGAGCCCGUAGCAGACCUGGCAAACCAGAUAGCCAUGGCAGCAGAAAAUGGUUCGCGGGUCUUUGACUUUGCAUGGGCCGAUGCUCUACUCAGCCGACCCAUCGCACGUGUUUUUGCAGAGACUCCGAGCAUGCUGACGGACAUGUUUGCUUUCGGCCUACUCCUCGACGAUUCCGAGUUUGUUCUUGGGACGUUUCAUGAAGUCGCAAAGCAGGUUGUUGCGCUCGUGGAACCGGAGACUGUGCAACGCUGCUUUGCGACGCCAAACCCAGAAACUCAGAAACUUCUGUGGGAAAGCGUGCGGAAGAAGGAGCCCUACCGCGGAAGGGGAAGCGCUGGCGGCUGCAAAGCCGCCGACUGCUUCUGCGAGCUUCUGAAAAAGGGCCUUCCUCGAUGGUGCUGGGCUGGCAGCAUCCCGCCUUUCGAGGACAACCUCCUCCAGUAUAUCCUGGAACCCAAUUGUUCGGAACACCCUCGGCACCGUGAAGACAAGGAUUCAGCCCAGGGUAGACUUUGCAUCGCCGUAGCCGAGCGCCUUACUCUCGAGGAGCUGUGCUACCAAAACUCGGACGGGCGCUCUGCACUCAACUACGCCGGCAGCAACCCAUUUAUUCCUGGGGAAGCGCAUAUCUGGAAAGUGGUGCGGGAUGCCAUCAAAGAUAACAUGGUGCACCGGUUUAGAACCGAGACAAGGCCAGUACAGGACCUGACCUCCAUGUUGCACACUCUGCAGAGAGAAGCACAUGCUCACGGUUCUGGCGACGCCGACGAAGAUUAUGAAGACGUCAUCGCCUCGUGGGAUGAGCACCUCAGAAGCCUGACAGCGGAUGGUUUGUGGCUUGAUGAAUGUGGUGGGGACGUCGAGGAUGAAGAGGCCGAGGAGGAUGAAGAUGAGGAGGGCAACGAUGUUGAGUGGACUUUCUGGACAGACCAUGGGACAGCUCUGGCUGGUGGUCCAACGGCUGGGACUGGCAUGACCAUCGAUCUGGUUGGGAAGGAGGCCGCGGUCCUGCCUGGCAGCAGGAAGCAUGGCAAUCCCGUGAGCGACGCGGCGGCUAUGGCCGCUAGAACGUCCUGGCUGCAGGAAGGGUUCUGCUGCCUACCACCACUCUUGCUCAAGUGCUGUUGCCAUUUCUCUUCGAAUGUGCAAGAGCGCGAUAAGUGGAAGAAGUUCGGCGCGCGCAUCAUGGCAAGCUUCUCGGAGCCCAACUCCGUGAUGACGAUUCGCGCGAUGCGCCUAAAUGGUGAACUGCUGGAGCUGAAGCUAUCAGACAGUGAGCUCGCGGAUCUGCGGACGGUGAGGGACCUCAAGGUACGCCUGGCAGCGGCUGACCCCAGCAGCCCUUGUCCCUUGGACUGCCACAGCCGGAGCCCAUACCUUCUGCUCGACUCCAAGAGCAAGCGCUACCGCGCCAGACUGGUCCGUCUCGUUGGCCCAGACGGAGACUUGCGGGAUGACGAGCCGUUGCCCAUGGCGGAUCUUGCGAACGGUUGUGAGCUGCAGUACAUCUUGACAUCCUGGAUGGCGUUGCCAGAGAUUCGAAAGGCUCUAGGUGGCAAGGUGAUUCCGGAGGGUGUGUGGCCAAAUGCCGACGAACGGCACCAGCCCUGGACGCUGCUUGCAGAGCCUGUGGCAAGGUUGGAACGCCAGAUAUUUAUUCGCAGAGGGGAUUUGGAUUCCUCACUGGUGCUGAGGGACGCUUGGGCCGACGCGCUACUCAGCCGGCCAAUCGCACGUGUUUUCGCAGAAACUCCGAGCAUGCUGACGGACAUGUUUGCUUUCGGCCGUCACCUGGAGGAAAGCAGACUUCGUGGUGCUCUUUGCUGGCUAGACAAGUUUCGUGAAGUCGCAGAGCAUGUGGUUGCGCUCGUGGAACCGGAGACGGUGCAACGCUGCUUCGCGACGCCAAACCGAGAAACUCAAAAACUUCUGUGGGAAAGCGUGCGGAAGAAAAAGCCCCAACGCGGGACGGGAAAACUCGGCGGUUGGGGGUCAGCCGGCUGCUUCUGUGAGCUUCUGAAAAAGGGCCUGCCUCGAUGGUGCUGGGCUGGCAGCAUCCCGCCUUUCCACGACAGCCUCCUCCAGUACAUCUUGGAGCCGACUUUUCGUCAACACAGUCAACACUUCGCAGACAAAGAUGAAGCCCAGGGUAGACUUUGCAUCGCCGUAGCCGAGCGCCUUACUCUUGAGGAGCUGUGCUACCAAAACUCGGGCGGGCGCUCUGCACUCCACUACGCCAUUGAAUGCGUCCCAAGCUACUACGCCAUCCAAUGCGUCCCAAACUUUGCCAACCACCCUUCAAUGCACAUCUGGAAAGAGGUGCGGGAUGUCAUCAAAGAUAGCAUGGUGCAGCGGUUUAGAGCCGAGACCAGGCCAGUGCAGAGCCUGUCUUCCGCCUUGCAGGGUCUGCAGAGAGAAGCACGUGCUUUUGGUCUUCAGGACUACUACGACGACGACGACAAUUACUGUCAUUUCCAUGACGUAAUCGUUUCCUUCGACGAGCAUCGCAGAAGCCUGACAGGGGAGGGAUGCUUGCCUUCGUUGACGCCCGCUCACUGUGCAGGGGCAUGGAGGAGCCGCGGGCAGGAUGCUUGGUGGCCAGGCUAUCAUGGCUCGUCGGACAGUUCCGGAUGGUGGACAGACGGCUGGGAGUGGCAUCAUCGAUCUGGGUUAGAAGGAGGCUGCGGUCCUGUGUGGCAGCAGGGAGUAUGGCAAUCGCAUGAGCAAGGUAGCGGCUAUGGCCGCCAGUCAUAG